AUGCCCAAAAGAAAGGCUGAAGGAGAUGCUAAAGGAGAUAAAGCCAAGGUGAAGGACGAACCACAGAGAAGAUCUGCAAGGUUAUCUGCUAAAGCUGCUCCCCCAAAGCCAGCGCCCAAGCCUAAAAAGACCCCUGCAAAGACGGGAGAGAAGGUACCCAGAAGGAAAAAGGGAAAAGCUGACAAUAGCAAUGAGGGAAAUAACCCUGAAGAAAAUGGAGAUGCCAAAACAGACCAGGCACAGAAAGCCGAAGGUGCCGGAGAUGCCAAGUGAACUGUGUGCAUUUUUGAUAAAUGUGUACUUCUGGUGACUGUACAGUUUGAAAUACUAUUUUUUAUCAAGUUU